UUCAGACACACAGUGUUGUGCAAUCUGCUGUCCGUUUGCCCACUGUGUGUCCAGACCACAGCCGAGGAGUUACGGACUUUAAACCUGAAGCUUAAACAUCAUGGAGUACAACCUGAACAGAAUGAAGCUCUGCCACAUGAUCCUGAUGCUGCUCGGCGUCCCAGUGUGCUGUGGGCUUCCAUCAGUCUUCCUCAGUAAGUCUGAGGCAAACCAGGCAUUAACACAUCGUGUCCGACGGGCAAACUCCUUCCUGGAGGAGCUGAAGCUGGGAAAUCUGGAGAGAGAGUGUCUUGAGGAGAUCUGCUCUUAUGAGGAGGCCAGAGAGAUCUUCACCGUCCCCGAACAACUGGAUGAUUUCUGGAAGAGAUACACAGAGGUGGAUCAUUGUCAGCCGGGACCGUGUCAGAACGGAGCCACGUGUGUGGAUCAGAGAAACGCAUACAUCUGCAUCUGUCCUGUGAACUUUGAGGGGCGACACUGUGACAAAGGAAUAUUUCCACCCAAUUCCUACGGAUGUUUGUACAGGAACGGUGGCUGCGAGCACUUCUGUGUAGAAGUCAGUGAUUCGACCCAUCGCUGUGAUUGUGCCCCUGGAUACACACUACACACAGACAACAGCAGCUGUGUGCCGCAGGAUCGAUUCCCGUGUGGAAGGACUGUGCUGAAGGGUGUGAGUCCGAGGAUAGUGAAGGGUGACGUGUGUCCUAAAGGACACUGUCCGUGGCAGGCUUUACUACUGCAUAAGGAACAGUAUAAAUGCGGUGCUGUUAUUCUAGAUUCCCAAUGGAUUCUCACCGCAGCUCACUGCAUUUGGGAAAAGGAUCCAAACAUCUUACAAGUAACAGUUGGUGAACACAUCCGUGGGAAAGACGAAGGAACCGAACAGACGAGGAAAGUGUCUAAAGUGUUCAUCCACCCUCGGUACAACCACACCAGCGCUGACAGUGACAUCGCCCUUCUGCGUCUGCUCAGUCCCGUCACGCUUGACGCCUUCGCUAUUCCCAUCUGCCUUCCUCCCGUUAACGGCACCUUCGGACGCACCAUUGGAGCCAUUCGCAUGUCCACCGUCAGCGGAUGGGGUCAUAUGUCGCAGUCUGGUCCGCCGUCUCCGGUUCUUCAGCGGCUGGAUGUGCCGAGGGUCUCUUUAGACGAGUGCAAGGCAAAGUCUGGGCUGAAGGUGACCAGGAACAUGCUGUGUGCCGGCUUCAUCGAGGGCGGACGAGACUCCUGUCAGGGGGACAGCGGAGGGCCACUGGUCACCCGCUAUAAGAACACAUGGUUUCUGACAGGGAUCGUGAGUUGGGGCAAAGGCUGUGCACGCGCUGACUUCUACGGCAUCUACACGCGCGUGUCUGUCUUUGUGGAGUGGAUCAUGAAGACUGUAACCACUGCAUGAAUUCAAGAGUUCGUAAAUGUUGUUAAAAGUGAAGUGUGUUCAGAUUUCAGGGCAGUGGAAUGGGGAAAACAACAGGUCUGGUUUCUAAAAGCUUAACUUUAAUUAGCGCAUGCGUUUUUAGAAAAGCCUGUCAUGGACAAGACGCUGCAAAAGAUCCGAGAUGAUGGCAUGUGUCACGAUGUGUUACAUUAUUUUAAUGUUAAUUUUACUUGCAAUGUUAAUAAAGUUUUUUGAACAAGAAAACA